CAUACAGCAGCAAACAAAAGCAAGAAAGAUGAAACUUAUCAUCAACGCACUAUUUUUAUGUGCAUUUUGUAUUAUCAAUACAAAUGCGAUGUUUUAUAAGGAUGAAAACAAUAAAUGUGCCGCGAUAACGGAUAAUAAUAUGAUAGCCUAUGAUUUGCAGGUUGUAAGUUGCGUAUUUGUUGAAAUAUCUGAAAUAGAGGCAACAGGAAAUACAUUGAAAUUUAUAAUGAAAAAUCCUGAGCUGCCAGGUCUUUUUAGAAUGGAAUUGAAUAAAACUGAGCAAAUGUUAAUUAAUCCUGAUACACCAAUUACUUUUGCUCGAAGAGGACGUGGAGAUAAUCGUGAUCAUUGGAAUAAUGAGGAGACUAAAAAACUAGGAGACUUUGUUCCGGAAUUUAAAAAUUUCACAUUGUACCACAAUUACGAUAAUCGAGCAGCUAUUGCUCUUUAUCAAAUGGGUUCACAUAUGAUUGUGGUAAUGUAUAAAAUUUUACAUAACUUCUUUUUUUUAUUAAAAAGAGUUUGCAUUUUUUUCUCUCUCGCACUUGGGUGGACGAACGGAACUGUCUUUAUUCAGCAAACAAUAGCAAUAAAGAUGAAACUUAUCACCAACGCACUAUUUUUAUGUGCAUUUUGUAUUAUCAAUACAAAUGCGAUGUUUUAUAAGGAUAAAAACAAUAAAUGUGGCGCGAUAACGGAUAAUAAUAUGAUAGUCUAUGAUCUGCAGGUUAUAAGUUGCGUAUUUGUUGAAAUAUCUGAAAUAGAGGCAACAGAUAAUACAUUGAGAUUUAUAAUGAAAAAUCCUGAGCUGCCAGGUCGUUUUAGAAUGGAAUUGACUAAAACUGAGCAAAUGUUAAUUAAUCCUGAUACACCAAUUACUUUCGCUCGAAGAGGACGUGGGGAUGAUCGUGAUCAUUGGAAUAAUGAGGAGACUAAAAAACUAGGAGAUUUUGUUCCGGAAUUUAAAAAUUUCACAUUGUACCACAAUUACGAUAAUCGAGCAGCUAUUGCUCUUUAUCGAAUGGGUUCACGUAUGAUUGUGGAAGGAAAUAUCGGUGGUAUGCUGCUCAGAUAUAUACAAGAUUUUCAUAAUGAUGAAAUUUUAUACGCUUAUGCCCAAAUUGCAUCACUCGAUAGAACAGCUCUUCAACGAGAAUUCUAUUUGGAUCCAUAUACACAAGAAUAUUACAAUUUAGGAUCUAAUUUAGAACGUGUCCACAUAAAUAUAUUGCCUGUAAUAGAUGGCAGAAUUCUCAAUUAUGGAAUUGUGCCACCACAGGAUUUAUUGAGACCCAUCUUUUUGUAUUAUCACUACAUUGAUAUGUUAUUCGGAAUUUUUUCAAACCCAGUAAUUUCAUUCACUAUUAAAAAAAUGAUUGUAUCGGCCGGAGAUAAAUUUAUGCCUUAUGUUGAUGACGAAGACUCAGUCGAUACGACUAUUUAUAUGAGUGACGUGAAUCGUGGAGUAAUGGAUAUGGUGAAUAACCAGGCCUUGGAAUUUGGAUUGACUUCUAAUGAUAUAGUGAUAUUUAUGGCAGGGCGACGAGUAUUCGACGAUGUGAGCGUAUCAGAUGGAGCAAUACCGUCUAUGACUUUCUUUAAACAUUCAAUAUGUGAAGUUACUAACCAUCCGUUAGUUAUGUUUUCUCUAUAUUCGGAGUUCCAUAAUGAUUAUUUACUCUGGCAUUUAAUAUCUAAGUUCGCUACAACGAAUAGUAUCAAGUAUCAGCUCCAAAGAUGCUCAGAAUUUCCGGAAGAAUAUACAAGAAUGCAGGGUAGAUUACGAACCUAUUUACCGUGGAUGUCGAGAUGCAUUGCCGAUAUGAUGACCCACUAUUUCAUGACUCAUGACUGUUCUGCCUUCAAUAGAAACAAACCAAGAAGUCAUUAAAGCCAUACAUUAAUAAUAUAAAUAACUCCUUCCAACCUACGGAUGAGUGAUAUUUGUUACUGUCUUCAUAUUCUUUUGUUUUGCACUGUGACAAAUAGUUUACUAGAUAUUCUUCUGACAAUAAGAAAUAAAAUAGUAA